AUGGAGGAGAAACGAGACUCCAAACGCUUCUACGUCGGAGGGCUUGGCCACACGGUUUCUAAGGCGGAACUGCAGGAAAGGUUUGGCAAGUUUGGGCGUGUUUUGGACGCAGAGGUUGUUACCAGGAAAGAUGAUCAAGGGAACCCUGUGAAAACUUUUGCUUACAUCAGCAUCAGCAUUUCUGAUGCCGACCUUAGAAAGUGCAUGUCAGUUUUAAAUAAAACAAAAUGGAAAGGGGGGACACUGAAAAUUGAGUUGGCCAAAGAAAGCUUUUUGCACAGGUAA